AUUAAAAUAUUUGCCUAAAUAUUGUGUUAUCAAUUGAUUGGAGUGCUGCUUUUUGGCUCAAUGGCGUAUUAUGAUAGAUUGGAAGAUUCUAACGGAAGGGUUUCGAGUUCAAAUCGGCGGCGUCGUCGAAGACGUACACGAUGGGACCAUGAGGAAGUCCAGCCACCGUCGUCGACACCACUAGCGGUGUAUCAACGUCCCAUGCAACUCUCAGACAUGAAUUACAACAAAGUAUAUUACUAUCAGGAUAACUACUACCCAUACUACAAUUUAAUGCAUAACAACAAUGCUACGUACGCGGCCGGCUAUUACUAUACGUCAUACCCGUACAACACAUAUAGCCAAAAUUACGAUGGAGCUGCUUAUAAGGAUCAACAUCUGUAUAGCAAUCAAUUACUAUCCAAUUACUCAGGAUAUUACACUGGAGACCAGACUGGUUUGAAUGCACUAACGCAUGAAUUGGCCAAUUACUGUUACUUUCAACAAGAAAAUGAUAACCAAAUGAUAAAUCAAGCGAACACAACAGAAUAUACAACGCAUAACAAUCAAAUUGAAAAAUCUCGACAGAAUAAACCCUCUAGAGACAUUGUCGGGAAAAAAGAACAAAAACCGCUACUCAAGGGAAAUACAUUAGGACAAGAAAUUUUAAAUACGAAAGAGAUGUUACGCAAAAAAAAUAAAAGAAGCCAUCGAACAAAGGAAUCAAAGAAAAGGACUAAGUCUGCUUCUGAACAAAACCGCCAUAAGAAAAAAAAAUCGACUCAUCGCCAUUGUAGAAGUUCUACAAGAACUGUUACGAUAGAAAGAAAAUAUCGAUCACUAAGUCCGGCUUCCUAUAAACGAUAUAUGGAUUUUCAACGCUUUCUGAUUAACUACUAUGCUAGUUUAUCAAAAUAUAGAGUCAAAACAAAAAUAUUUACUCAAAGUAAGAACGAAAUAUUGAAAAAAGAAGAAAACAGUAAGACCGAUAAACAAAUUGAAUCUACAAGUCAACAAAAUGCUCUUGAAAAGAUACACGAACUUGGGGAAGACAAAGAUGAAUCAAGUGUCGAACAAAAUAAGCAAGGAGAGCAGGACAAGGUUGUUGAAAUUGAACAAACGAUUGAAUCAAAGUCGUCCCGCAAAAGGACUCGAAGCCAUAGUGCGUUAGACUCUGAAAAAGCUACAGACAAAAAUGAAAAUCAAGAAAUCACUCAAAAAGACAACUCAGAGACACCAAGUAAACGAUACGUCAAAGUAAGAUUAAAUCUAAAUAUUGAAAAUCCAACGAGUACUUCUGAAUCUAGUGAGUCUGAUCUAACUACGGAAAAUUUAAGUUUUGUUGAUGAAAUAGAUGUUGAUAAAAUAGUAAAACUCCUUAAUUUGGAUGAAAAUGAAGAAACUGUAUCAACUGAAGACAUUCAAAACAAUGAAAGAGGAAAUGCACACAAUGAGGAGAUGUCACAAAAUAUGUUAAUAUCCGAUAAGCUUCCUAACGAUAAUACUAGCAAUGAGAAUGCACUCUCUAAUACAUCAGAUGACAAUCAUCAGGCGAAACAAAUGAAUAAAUUAAUUUCCACCACAAAUCACACAGUAAUAGAUUUAACUCAAGAAGAAGGAGAGAUCAAAGAAAAUAAAGAAUACCCAAAAAUGCCUAAAGUAAUACCUAAAACUAAAAUAACAAAAGUUGAUAAAGAAGAAGAACCCGUCUUAGCAGAUAGUCCAAAAAAUAUGGCAGCAAAUAGAACAAAUUCAAAAACAAGUACAAAAGGACGCAACAAGGAAGCCCACGUAUUGGACAAAUCAGAGAAAAAUAAAGCAAUUACAAGAAACAAUCCAAUUAAAAAGAAAUCCGGAACAAAAUCACAAGAUUCAAAGAAACAACAGAAAGAAUUGGUUAAAGAAACAAAUGUGACACAAAAACAGAAAUCUGAUAAGUCAUCUAAAGGCCAUAAUAGCCAAAAAGACAAGAACUCAACCAAAGAUACUAGGUCAUCGAAAAAGGACAAUAACAAGGAAGACAAGAGUGGAAAAAAUGUCUCAAAAAGUAAUAAUAAUGAUAAAAAACGACGGAUUGAAAAGAGAGGUUCAGGUGAUAAUGAUGACUGCGUAAUCACACAACGGACAAGAGGACUUUCCAAACGCGCUGAAGGAAAAAGAAAACGCAGCGCUGACAAAACCAGCGUUAAAUAGUGAGUAAAUUUGGUUUAUUGUUUACAAUACCAGUAGGCUGCGCGACAUCGCCGCGACCGCGCACACUGCUCAUGAAGAAGAGUCCUUCUGUGACUCG